AUGGAGGCCACACCAACAACAACGAUAGCAACCAUAACAGCAACAUCAACUUCUUCACCACCACCGUACGACGCUGGUGGUGCACUCGACAUCCCUCCUUCGACCACCGCCUCGACUAUCGAGGCUAGCAUCCAUGGUUUUGACUCCAACGAAAAGUCCAUUAGUGACAACAAGCUAGAGAGCGACCUUGAACAGCAGGAUAAGCCUUCCAACCACACACCAACUGGCAUCCGUCGCUUUCUUUUGCUCCUUGGUCUCUUCUUAGGAUGCAUCUUGGCAGCACUGGACAACACGAUCGUCGCCACCGCCUUGCCCCAAAUCUCCUCCGACUUCAACGCCCAAUCCCAGAUGGCAUGGAUCGCAACCGCAUACCUUCUCGCAUACACCGCCUUCCAAUCCCUCUACGGUCGCUUCUCCGAUAUCUUUGGCCUCAAGACCAUGUACCUCGGCGCCAGCGUCAUCUUUCUUAUCGGAUCUAUCGGCUGUGGUGCCGCUUCGUCUAUGAUCAUGCUGAUUAUUUUCAGAGCCGUCCAGGGAAUUGGUGGAGCAGGAUUGUUGUCGAUCAUGAUGAUCAUGGUCUCAGUCAUGUUUGGCGACAUCAAUGAGCGCGCCCGGUACCAGACUCUGGGGUAUUUGGCGUUUGGUAUUUCGGGCAUCUGUGGGCCCUUGCUCGGGGGCGUCUUUGUUGAGCAUUCGACUUGGAGAUGGUGUUUCUACAUGAACAUCCCUAUCGGCGUCUUUGCCGUGCUCCUCGUCUUCAAGUUCUAUCAGAUCCCCUUUGAGCGCACCGAGACCUUGCAGAAGAAGCUGAGAAGAGUCGACUACUUUGGAGUGUUAAUCACUAUCGGUGCCGUCUUGUGUCUACUCCUGCCACUGAACUGGGGUGGUACCGCCUACGACUGGAACUCUGCCGUCAUUAUUUCGCUCUUCUGCAUCAUGGGCGUUUUGAUCAUCGUCCUCGUCUUUGUCGAACAGCGUGCUGCAGAGCCUAUUAUCCCCAUGUACCUCUUCCUCAACCGCGAGGUCGCCCUCCUCGUCACCGUCAACUUCCUCACCGGACUCAUCUUUAACGGCUGUGGCUUCUACAUACCCCUCUACUUCCAAGUCGUCCAAGGCACAUCUGUCACCGACUCGGGUCUCCGUCUCAUGCCUGCUGUCCUUGGCGCCGUCUUCUCGACCGGCUCAUCCGGCUUCCUUCUCGCAAAAGUCAAAGACUACCGCCGUUUCAUCACCCUUGGCGCUGCAACCCUCACCCUCUCCGUCGGUCUCUUCAUCCUCCUCGACGAACAUACCUCGCUCGCAAAGCAACUCAUCUUUGUCCUCAUCAUGGGACUUGGCCAGGGAUUCAUCUACCAGAACUGUGUCCUCGCCUGCCAGGACUGCACCGAAGCCAAGGACAUGGCCGUCGCUACUGGAUUUGUCGUCUUCAUCAACAGUAUCGGAAACGCCGUCGGUGUCGCCGUCUGUGCCUCUGUCAUCAACAACUCGCUUACCACCAACCUUGCAAAACUCCCAGAGUCCAGUCAAGCCGUGUUCCGCGAGUUGAACGUGAUUGAGAACAUUAAUGUGAUCUUUACGUUGCCUGAAGAGUUGAAGGCAGAGGUUGUGCAUGCGUAUGCGUUGGCGUUCAGGACACUGUUUACUAUACUGACGCCGAUGAUUGGACUUGGGUUCGUGUUGUCGCUUUUUGUUAGACGCAGAGGAUCCCUUGCCAGGAAGGAGUAA